AUGACGAAUUUAGAGCCAUCUUCUUCAGCUACCUCUCCGGUGGCGCUGCCACAGUCACCGAGGCACUCAACGUUGCCGAAAACUCCGGGUUACCUUGAGAAUAAUGAAGGUGAAAAUGGAGAUGAUGUUGAAGCUGGAGAAGGGAAUAAUAAUGGUGAUGGAUCUGAUGUUAAGGUUGCACCACCAGUUUUUGAAGAGAAGUUUUUGGUUGUUAUGUCUGGAGAAAUGAAGCCAACUUUUAUUGCUACACCUAUAUCUAGUAGGGUUUCAUCUUUUGGUAGCUGCAGUAGUGGUUGUACUGCAAGCAAUGAGAGUAGUACGGAGAAAUCGGAGGGAGAAGAGGAGGGAGAGAAGAAAUAG